AGAAUCGAAUACGACAAUACGUAUUGGAAGUCGGAGAAUAUGCCCAAUUAGGCGUAGUGACUGAUCUGCGCCGUCUGUCAAAGUUACUCUGUUCCGGCACAACGGUCGAAAGCACCUUUUGGAUUGGAAAUAAAAAGACACUGCACCACCAUUUCGUCCGAGUCGACCCCUCUUUCCUCCCCUCCAGAGAAACGUCGCGAUGGCAUCCGCCACUACCUUCUACGAGUUUGAGCCAGUCGAUAAAACUGGCAAACCGUUUCCCCUCACCGACCUCAAGGGCAAGGUCGUCCUUGUCGCCAAUACCGCGUCCAAGUGCGGUUUCACCCCGCAGUUCGAGGGGCUCGAAAAGCUCUAUCAAUCUGUUAAGGCCAAACACCCGGACCAAUUCACCGUCCUCGGCUUCCCCUGCAAUCAGUUUGGCAGCCAGGACCCAGGUUCCAACGAAGAGAUCCAGUCCUUCUGCCAGAUCAACUACGGGGUCACCUUCCCUGUCCUGGGCAAGGCGGAUGUCAACGGCGACAACGCUGCGCCCGUCUGGAAAUGGCUCAAGAAUGAGAAGCCCGGCAUUCUUGGCCUAAAGCUCAUCAAGUGGAACUUCGAGAAGUUCCUCAUCUCUGCGGACGGCAAGGUCGUCGGUCGCUGGGCGAGCACCACUAAACCCGAAAGCCUCGAGUCGAUCAUCCUCAAGGAGAUCGAGAAGGCCUCUCAGUCCGCUUCAACAACGACUACGGCCACAGCUAGCGAAACCAUGACAGAGUCUGCCCCUGAGGCCACCCCCGAGCAUGCAUGUUUUGUCAAGUAGUUAUGCUAAGAUACCAUUGUGAAUUAAUUGUAACGCUAUGAUUCGUAUUUCGAGAUCAAACUGUCCUGUUGAUCCUACGCU